AUGGCCGAAGAGGCUGAGGCUGAGACUGCAAAGCUCCUGAUCUCCGACAUUGGCAAAAAAUUACUCGCCCAAAAAACUUGCCCCAGCAAAGACUUCCUCGUAAAGUUGCUCAAACAAGCUGCUAGUGCUUUCCCUGAGUUAAAACAGUUGGCAUCACUAAAAGCUGCAAUAAAACCACUGAGUGAUUCUCUUAUUAAGCAUAGACUGCUUCAGCAUAAAGAUAAAGAUAUUAGACUUCUGGUGGCCAUCUGUUUCUGUGAAAUUAUUCGGGUCCUGGCACCAAAUCCUAAUUUCAGUGAUGCAGUUUCUAAGGACAUCUUUAAACUGUUACUAAGUAUGUUUGUGGAGCUUGCUGAUACCACCAGCCCCUAUUUCUUGAAGAGGGUAAAACUAUUGGAGACUGUUGCUAAACUCAAAUUCUAUGUGCUAAUGCUAGACAUUGGCUGUGAAGAUUUAGUUCUUGAGCUGUUCAAUACCUUUUUUAAUGUUGUGAGGGAACAUCAUCCACAAAGUUUGGUUAGCAUGAUGUCGUCUAUGAUGGCUGGUAUUUUAGAGGAGAAAGCUUCUGAGAUUCUUUCAAAGGGGGAAAUUUGUGAAUCAGUUUUAACGGAGGAAGGUUUUGAGCCGCUUUUAGAUGUGGUUUUGCUAAAUCUUUUGAAGGAGGCAAAGGGUGCAUCUCCUGCUUCUUCUCGGCUUGCUGUUUCUGUCAUUCAAAAUUGCAGUGAAGCACUUGAGCCCUUUGUAUGUAGGUUUUUAACUUCUUGUAUAUUGAGUCGAGAUGCUGUAAGGAGUGAGCUCAAAGAACUUUACCAUGAAAUUAUCUUUGAAAUCUUCCGGUGUGCUCCUCAAAUGCUUUUUGCUGUCCUCCCAAACUUGACUCAAGAAUUACUGACUGAUCAGGUUGAUGCCCGGAUAAAAGCUCUUAACUUAAUUGGACGACUUUUUGCAUUGCCUGGACACAAUAUCGCCCAGGAAUAUCACCAUUUAUUCAUAGAGUUUUUGAAUAGAUUCUCUGAUAAGUCUGCUGAAGUUAGACUUAGUGCUCUAUUAUGUGCUAAAGCUUUGUACAUGACCAAUCCAUCUGGGAGAGAAUCGCUUGAAGUGCUCACUGCCCUGGAGGGUCGACUCUUAGAUUUUGAUGAUAGAGUGAGAACUCAAGCAGUGACUGUGGUGUGUGAUUUAGCCAGGUGUAACCCAAAGUUUGUUCCUCCUGAACUAAUGUCUCGGGCUGCUGAACGACUUCGUGAUAAGAAGGUAUCUGUUAGAAAGAAAGCCUUGCAAAAGUUGCUGGAGGUGUAUCAAAACUAUUGCACAAAAUGUUCUGGAGGUACCAUGACACUCAGUGACCACUUCGAAGAAAUUCCUUGUAGAAUUUUGAUGCUUUGUUAUGACAAAGACUGCAAGGAGUUCAGGCCUCAAAACUUGGAGCUUCUGCUUGCAGAGGAUAUGUUUCCUGCUUCCCUCUCAAUGGAGGAGAGGACUAGGCAUUGGAUCUUUAUGUUCACUCUUUUUAGCCCUCUUCAUGUUAAGGCAUUGAACACUAUUUUAUCUCAAAAACGAAGGUUGCGAACUGAGAUGCAAUUUUACUUGGCCCUCCAGAAGAAAGAAGAGGAUAAUAACUCUGAAGAAGUGAAGAAGAGAAUUAAAAUGUCCUUUAUGAAAAUGUCAGCAACAUUUCUGGAUCCUGCCAAAGCGGAAGAGGGUUUUCGUAGGCUCAAUGUAAUGAAAGAUAAUGGCAUUUUUAAUGCAUUGGCACAGUUGCUGGAUGAAGUGACUAUUAAUGAUGCCCAGACUGCUAGAGAUAACUUCCUGAAAAAGAUUGGUGAUAGGGAUGCACAAGUUGGUUUUUUCCAAUUACUCUCCAAAAAGUGCUUGUAUAAUAUAUUUAGUUCCGAGCAUGUGCUUUAUAUUGUUGACCACCUUUCCAGCGACAGAUUUGGAAAUAAGCAGUUGGAGGAUUCUUCCGUGAAACUUCUUCUGAUAAUUCUCGGUGCAUUUCCGUCACUCCUGAGAGGUUCAGAAAAUCAGUUCCGCCUUCUGUUAUUAGAGGAAGUUAUCCCAUUUAGUGAAGAGCUGGUUCAGAUGUUAUCUAAAGCAGGGCCUCAUAUUUCUAUUCAACUCAGUGAUAUUUACUCUUCCCUGGAGAGGAUAUGCCUCGAGGGAACUCGUGCUCAGUCCAAACUUGCUGUUUCGGCGAUUGCUGCAUUGGUUGGUACUUCUGAGCAAUUCAUUUUCCCUGAGUUGUGCAAGAAACUAGUGGAUUCUCUAAGGAGUGGCCAGAAUCUUCCAACUGUGUUGCAGUCCCUGGGCUGUGUGGCACAGUAUUCUGUUUCAACAUUUGAAGCCCAAGAUAGAGAGAUCACUCGGUUAAUCGUUGAGAAUAUUUUUCGAGUAGCUAGUGUGGACAUGUCCGAGGAUCUGAGUUCAUUUGAUGGAACUUCUGAAUGCAGCAUUUCUUGCAAAUUGAAGAUUUUUGGGCUUAAAGCACUUGUCCGUAGCUUUUUGCCACAUCAGCGUGAUCAUGUUAGUCGUCAAAUUGGUGAUUUGCUGGAAUUUUUACUGCAAAUGCUUAAGAAGGGUGACAUCUCUGAUGCUACUGUCUCAUGUGAAUCUGACAAGGCUCAUAUCAGAUUAGCUGCUGCGAAAUCUGUCCUUCGGCUUUCAAGAAGAUGGGAUUUGCAUAUUCCACCACAGAUUUUCUGCUUCACAAUUUUGACGGCUAAGGACUGUUCGCCUUUGGUGCGCAGAUUGUUCGUUAACAAAACACACAAGCUUUUGAAGGAGCAUGCUAUACCUGGUAGAUAUGCAUGUGUCUUUGCAUUGGCUUCCUCUGAUUCCUUAAAUGAUCUGCAAGAAAUUCAUUAA